AACGGCUGUUUCCCAAACGGCUCCCUGUUGAGAUUGUAGUGCGCUACGAAAGGGCGUGAAGUACGUUAGCCUUAUACGCCUUUAUACAAGUGCACUCGAGGAAGGAGUUCAGGACCAAAUUGGAGAUUUGACCAAUGUUACAAAAUGUGCUUUAGACUCUAGAGUCGGAAACUCAUGGAGUAAAUAAUUUUUGUUGUUGUUGUUAAUUCACCUUAUAUAGCCAUAUAUACAAAGCGGAUACCUUGUUUAUUGUUGUUAAUUCGAAAUAAAAUUAUUUAUUUUGUUUUUGUUUGGGGAAACAAUGACGUAGGUGCGCGUGAGAGACUGAGCGAGAGCGAGUAAGGCAGUGCGGAUUAGCGCAUGCGCACUGUCCGAGCUAAAGGACAAUGAUGUGUCGAUGUUGUGUCAAGGUAUGAUAGAGUUUCUUAUUUAUUUUUUCGGCGAAUUUCGAUGAUUCUGAAUAAGCUAGCUGUUACAUGGGUCUCGGCCAUGUGACUUUUACCUCUGAACUUCUUUAUGAAGAACAUUCGGACCUCGUUCAGCUCACGUGCAGAGUUCCUGCUCGGACGCUAUCCCCAGUGUUUGACCCGGUUUGGUAUUUGCAUUGGGCUGUUUUAAUGUCUGUUUCCGCUAAACUGCGUUUACAUACUGUAAGAAGAGAAGGCUAACUGAUUUCCAAGUCUAACUGGGAUCUUAAACGUUGUCCUCUUGGUUCUAACUCGAGGAGCAGCCGCCUUCUAGGGAUUCCUUGCACAAUGUCUGAGGUUCUCAUCGCAAGGAGAAAGGAGAAAUGUGAAAAUUGCACGAAGCAGUGCAAGAAGAAACAGAGUGAUGAAGCUGGAAGUUUAGAGCAGGACAGAGAGGUUGCCAAUGGAGAGGUGAGUGGUCAACCUGUGUUGCUGAGCGCGUGUCUCACCUGCGACGGCUGUGUGUCUGAGGAAGAGAACCAUAAAAUCUCCCAACAGAGCCUGCAGGAGAUCAACCAUGUUCUUGCACUCAACAAGAAAUGUGAUUCCUUGAAGCACAAAGUCCUGGUAGUGUCUGUGUGUCCUCAGUCAUUGCCAUUCUUUGCUGUGAAAUUUCAACUGGACGUCCAGGCUGCUGCACACAAGCUCUGUGGCUUCCUAAAGAGUGUUGGAGUGAAAUAUGUGUUUGACACAACACUGGCUGCUAGCUUCAGCAUUCUGGAGAGUCAGAGGGAGUUUAUACAGCGCUAUCGACGCAGGCAUAGUGAUGUCCAUGCUAUGCCAAUGUUCACCUCUUCAUGUCCAGGAUGGAUCCGCUACGCAGAGCAUGUGCUGGGAAGUCUGGUCACGCCGCACAUCUGUACAGCGAGGUCACCUCAGCAGGUCAUGGGCUCUCUGGUCAAAGACUACUUCACCAGACAGCAGAAGCUGAGCCCAGAGCAGGUGUACCAUGUGGUGGUGGCUCCCUGCUUUGAUAAAAAGCUGGAAGCGGUGAGAGAAGAGUUUUACAACAGCUUGCUCCAGACAAGAGAUGUGGACUGUGUGCUUACAUCAGUGGAAAUUCUGCACAUGAUGGACCAGAGUAAUGUCUCUGUGGAGGACGUUGAACCUGUUCCUCUGGAUCACGUUUUUGGCGAAAUCAAUGAUGCAAGCUUGAUGAGGCACGAGGGUCGAGGCUCUGAAGGCUUUCUAGAGCACAUUUUAAAAUAUGCUGCCAAAGAGCUGUUUGGCCUGGAUGUUGAUGAGAUUGUAUACAAGACACUCAGGAACCGAGACUUCCAGGAGGUGGUGCUAGAGCGUGAUGGAGAGACUCUGCUUCAAUUUGCUGCAGUCUAUGGUUUCCGGAACAUUCAGACCCUGGUGCACCGCAUGCGGAAAGGCAAAGUGCCCUACCACCUAGUGGAGGUUCUGUCCUGUCCUGGAGGUUGUAUAAGUGGGCGUGGACAGGCAGAGGGAGAAGGAGGAAGGCCUGAUCGCGCUCUAGUCCAGCAGAUGGAGGAAGUUUAUAGCUCUCUGUUCGUCCGGCUUCCUGAGGCCAACCCUGAAGUCCAGCGUCUCUAUGAGGACUGGCUGCAGGGAGAGGACUCUCCACGUGUCCAGCAGACUCUCCACACUCACUACAACAACCACACACAGUCACCCUCAAACACCCUCGGUUCUGAUAUACAGUGGUGAUGGAGGCCAGAAAAGGGACCUGUUUUAUUUCUGUAUGUCAGAGCUGGCAAACAAAAGGAUCCAAGUAAAGAUGUGGGUGUUGCAGACUUCCUGUUAUAGGAGACGUGUGACCUCUUAGCAGCCAAUCACAGAUCUGCCUUUUUAAGUUAUGUAACUUUCAUUAAGAUCAAUGAAUUGUAAAGGAUAUCAUGAUGUCAUAUGUAUUUUACUCUUAGACUAAAAUCCUUGAGCAUAAUAAUAAUAAUAAUAAUAAAAAAAAUGAUCAUAGCUUUGGGUUACAUGGACUGUUAGUGCCUGUCAGGGGGAGUUCCUAAAAUAACAAAGUGCAAAAAGUGCUCAAAUAUUUACUGGUUAUUGGUGCCAUCACCACAUAAAUAUAUUCAUUGAAAUAAUUACCCUCACAAUUAUUAUAAUUCAAUUAUUUUUAUAAAACUAUAUGGUUUAUGAACCAUAAAAGUUUGCUUGUCCUGGAAUAUGCUAUUAUUUUAAUUUCAUCCAACAAGGAUCUACAAUACUUCUGUAUUUGAGUCAAAAAGUUUGCAUACCCUCAGAACAAAAGGAAGAAAGGACAUUUAUCACAAGUAAAAAAAAAAGGUCAGAUAGUAUAAUGCUAAUUACUUCAAAAGUUUGUAUAUCCCUUUCUGCAUGUGAUAUGGAAUAUUGAUUAAUAACCUGUAUGCCUUACUGCCAUCAACCUUUUUGUGUCCACUUCCACUAAACAGCCAUUGGAGCAUCAGCUGUAAAAUUCUUCCCCAUUCUUCUUGACACCUGUUACAACUCUGCCAGAUCAGGUCUGGAAGUAGAGAGAGUUAUUAUAAAACUUUGAAAUUGUGCUUUUGGUUCUUUUAAAACUUUGUUUUCUGUUUAUUGCUUUGUUACACAUAGGAUACAUCCACAAAUUAGUACAGUCAUGUGGGGGGAAAAAAGCACACCCCAUGGACUUUUUUUUUUUUUUUUAAACAUAUUUGGACAAACAAACAUUUGAUCAUCUUUGAAACAGCGCCUAUUAAUAAAAUUGAUGCACUUGAGCAAAACAAGUAAAAAUAGCUUUUUUAAUCAUUUAUUCAACAGAAAUAUCCAUAGAUUUAAACUAACAGUUUUAAAUCCCCCACAACAUUUCAAUGGGAUUCAAAUCCAGGCUUUGACUAGGCCAUACCAUAACCCUCCAUUUCUUCUUUUUGAGCCAGUCCUUGCUGGAGUUGCUAGUGUGCUUAGGAUCAUUAUCCUGUUGAAAGCUUCACUUUCGGUUCAACUUCAACUUUUGGACAGAUGGCCUCACAUAAUCUUCAAGCACUUUUUGAUAUGAUGCAGAAUUCAUAGUUGAAUCAAUGAAUGCAAGCUGCUGAGUCCCUGAGGCAGCGAAGCAACCUCAAUACCAUAACAUUUCCACCACUGUGCUUCACAGUGGUAUGAGGUGCUUCUCCUGAAAAGCUGUCUUUGUUCUGUGUCAAACAUGUCUGCUGUUACUGUGGCCAAACAACUCUAUCUUUGAUUCACCUGUCUGAGCACAUUAUUUCAAAAGGCCUGUUCUUUGCCUAUAUGCUCAUUGGCAGACUGUAGUAUUGCUCUAAUGUUCUUAUUUGACAGCAAAGGCUUUUUCCUGGCACGCCUCCCAUGCAGGUCAAAUUUCUCUUCUUUCUGGUUGUAACAUGGAAACAGGGACUUUGACACCAACAAUUGCAAGACUUACUAGCAGAUCCUGUGAUUAAAUCUUGGGGUUCUUGGAGACCCCGAGAACAUCAGACAUCUUGCACUUUGCAUCAGAUGGUCUGCUCUUGGGCUGAAUUUGCUGGGACGGCCAGUCCUGAGCAAAUUGGCAGUCAUUUGAAAUCUGCGCCAUUUGUAGAUUAUUUUCCUUAUGGUGGAAUGAUGUAUUUCAAAUAAUUAGGAGAUCUUUUUAUAUCCCUUGCCAGACUCCUAGACAUCCACAACCUUUUUUCUGAAGGCCUUACACAACUCUUUAGAUCUUGGCAUGAUUACACCACACACCUCAGUAACAAAGGGAACACCAGACACUAGAUAUGAGAGGUUUAAAUAAGACGGGUUCCACCUGCACCUGCUAAUUUUAUGGAUUUGAAGGUGUGAUGAAUGUAGGGGUGUACUUAUUUUUCCCAGUGACUGUUCUUUUUUUAUGUUAAUUUUAAUUGUGAAAAAUACUGCACAAUUUAAAUUUUGUCAUUUGAUGGUGUAUCACUUUUUUUUUAAUAGCCACUGUUUCAAAGAGGAUCAAAUGUUUGCUUGUCCAAAUAUAUUUAUAAAAAAAAAAAGUUCCAUGGGUUGUACUUAUGUUUUCACAUGACUGUACGUUUAGCUUUUUUACAUCAAUAAUCCAUGGGGGAUGUAAACAUUUGCACUUACCUGUGUACAAUCAUUAUUAAAUUUGUUGUUAGAGAA